CUGACCCAGGAAUCAAGCAGUUGUCGUAAUGAACAGAAAACAUGUUCUCAAAAUGAAUUGAGAAAUACUUUCAGGGAGAAAUGCUGUGAUAUUCUUGAGUGUGUUUCCGUGGAUCCAAUCUUUCCAAUCUCUGCAUCCAAGCUAUUUGGCCCUGGUCAGAUGAUCAGAGCUGAAGGAAGCGAUUGGAGAGUGAGCCGCCUGCAGCUGCAGCGUAGGCUGUUUCAGGGACAAGGAGCCACUGUUUUUCAAACAUAGCAUCAACAUAGAAGUUAUUCCGUAGGCUCCAGGAUGCAGCGAUGGGCUGCACUGCCAGCAUUGUUUUGCUUCAAGCUUUUCGCUCUGUGGUCCAGAGGAGCUGUCCACACAUUUGCAGACGACGGCAGGAGGAACCAUCCCAUGAAAUUUUGCCUCUGGAAAGUGACGAUGAAAUGAGUAGACCCAGAACGCUCAUCAUAAUGCAGGACAAGCCUAGGCUGCUCGAGCCUUUGGAUUAUGAAACUGUCAUUGAAGAACUUGAGAAGACCUAUCGGGAUGAUCCUCUUCACGAUCUUCUGUUCUUCCCCGGUGAUGACUUCUCUACAGCCACAGUGCCCUGGGACAUCCGAACAUUGUACUCCACCGUCCCUGAAGACGCAGAGCACAAGGCAGAGAACUUACUGGUGAAAGAGGCUUGUAAAUUUUAUAGCUCCCAGUGGUAUGUAGUAAACUACAGAUAUGAACAAUAUUCUGGAGACAUUCGACUGUUACCCAGAGCAGAAUACAAACCAGAGAAACUGCCUUCGCAUUCUUUUGAAGUUGAUCAUGAAGAUGUGGAUAAAGAUGAAGACACCACUUCCCACUCAUCCUCCAAGGGUGGCGGGGCAGCAGGAGGCACUGGCAUUUUUAAAUCUGGCUGGCUGUACAAGGGGAAUUUUAACAGCACCGUGAACAACACCGUUACUGUUCGGUCAUUCAAAAAGCGCUACUUCCAGCUGACUCAACUGCCAGAUAACUCCUAUAUUAUGAAUUUUUACAAAGAUGAAAAAAUAUCCAAAGAGCCAAAAGGCUGCAUCUUUUUGGAUUCCUGUACAGGUGUGGUGCAGAAUAACAGACUAAGAAAACAUGCCUUUGAACUGAAGAUGAACGACCUGACCUACUUUGUACUGGCAGCUGAGACAGAGUCUGACAUGGAUGAGUGGAUCCACACGCUGAACCGCAUCCUACAGUUCAGCCCCGAGGGGUCUCUCCAGGGCCGCAGGAGCACGGAGCUCACCGAGCUGGGGCUGGAUUCACUGGAUAAUUCUGUGACUUGUGAAUGCACGCAGGAGGAAACAGAGUCUUCUGAGAACAUCCUGCACCCAGACUUUGCAAAAUACCUCACAGAAACUGAAGACUCAGUUAAAGCAACUAGAAACAUGGAGAGGCUAAAUCUGUUCUCCCUGGAUCCAGAUAUUGAUACAUUGAAAUUUCAAAAGAAGGAUCUUUUAGAACCUGAUUUUGGAAUCAAGCCCUUCGAAGAAAAAGCUGCCAAGAGAAUCAUGAUCAUUUGUAGGGCUCUCACCUUGAAUCUUCAGGGAUGUGUUACGGAGAACGAGAAUGAUCCAGUGACAAACAUUGAGCCUUUCUUUGUGAGUGUGGCACUGUAUGACCUCAGAGACGGCAGGAAGAUGUCUGCGGACUUUCAUGUGGACCUCAACCACCCAGCCGUCCGGCAGAUGCUCCCGGGGGCUCCUGUGGCCUUGGAAAACGGCAACAUCAACACUAUCACUCCAAGACAAUCAGAAGAACCUCACGUGAAAGGGUUCCCAGAGGAAUGGCUGAAAUUCCCCAAGCAGGCUAUAUUUUCUGUAAGCAACCCACAUUCUGAAGUCGUUCUGGUGGCCAAAAUUGAGAAGGUCCUGAUGGGAAACAUUGCAAGUGGUGCCGAACCUUAUAUUAAGAAUGCAGACUCCAACAAGUAUGCACAAAAAAUACUGAAAUCCAACAGGCAGUUCUGCAGCAAGCUGGGGAAAUACCGGAUGCCAUUUGCUUGGGCGGUACGGUCAAUAUUUAAAGAUAAUCAAGGAAAUGUGGACAGAGACGCAAGAUUUUCACCAUUAUACAGACAAGAAAGUAAUAAGAUUUCAACUGAGGACCUGCUUAAAUUAGUGUCAGAUUACCGAAGGGCUGAUCGAAUGAGCAAAACGCAAACCAUUCCUGGAAGCCUGGAUGUCACAGUCGACAACGUGCCUUUGGAGCAUCCAAACUGUGUAACAUCGUCCUUUAUCCCUGUCAAGCCUUUCAACGUUUUGGCUCAAGAAGAACCCACAGUGGAGGUGGAAGAAUUUGUCUAUGACACAACCAAGAAUUGCCGGCCUUACAGAGUGUACAAAAAUCAGAUUUACGUUUACCCCAAACAUCUCAAAUACGAUAGCCAGAAAUGUUUUAACAAGGCACGAAAUAUAACCAUGUGCGUUGAAUUCAAAAAUUCUGAUGAAGAAGGUGCCAAGCCCUUGAAGUGUAUUUAUGGGAAACCCGGAGGGCCCCUCUUCACCACAUCCAGCUACUCUGCAGUUCUACACCAUUCCCAGACUCCAGAUUUCUCGGAUGAGGUGAAAAUUGAGCUGCCAACACAACUCCAUGAGAAACACCAUAUUUUGUUUUCUUUUUAUCAUGUCACCUGCGACAUAAAUGCAAAAGCGAAUGCCAAAAAGAAGGAAGCCCUGGAAACUUCAGUUGGAUACGCCUGGCUUCCUCUGGUGAAGCAUGAUCGGAUAGCUUCUCAGGAAUAUAACAUCCCAGUAGCUGCAAGUCUGCCUCCCAAUUACUUAAGCUUCCAAGAUUCCGCAAAUGCAAAGCAUGGUGGGAGUGAUAUUAAAUGGGUGGAUGGUGGCAAACCACUUUUCAAAGUAUCGACGUUUGUCGUAUCAACAGUGAAUACUCAGGAUCCACAUGUGAAUGCAUUUUUUCGACAGUGCCAAAAAAGAGAGAAGGAUAUGUCUCAAUCGCCUACCUCAAAUUUCAUCCGCUCUUGUAAGAAUUUAUUGAACGUGGAGAAAAUCCAUGCAAUCAUGAGUUUUCUACCUAUAAUCUUGAAUCAGCUCUUCAAGGUUCUGGUACAGAAUGAAGAGGAUGAAAUAAGCACAACCGUCACCAGGGUUCUGACUGACAUUGUGGCGAAGUGCCACGAGGAGCAGCUAGACCACUCAGUCCAGUCAUACAUCAAGUUUGUGUUCAAAACAAGUUCAUGCAAGGAGAGAACUAUACAUGAAGAACUGGCUAAAAAUGUGACUGGUCUUUUGAAAUCCAAUGACUCAACGACUGUGAAGCACGUGCUGAAGCACUCAUGGUUUUUCUUUGCAAUUAUCCUAAAAUCAAUGGCACAGCACCUGAUUGACACAAAUAAAAUUCAGCUUCCCCGAGCACAAAGAUUUCCUGAGUCUUACCAAAGUGAACUGGACAAUCUUGUGAUGGUCUUAUCUGACCAUGUGAUUUGGAAAUACAAAGAUGCAGUUGAAGAAACAAGAAGAGCAAACCACAGUGUUGCCAGAUUUCUUAAGCGCUGCUUCACUUUCAUGGACCGGGGGUUUGUGUUUAAGAUGGUGAACAAUUACAUCAGCAUGUUCUCGUCCGGUGAUCUCAAGACCUUAUGCCAGUAUAAAUUUGAUUUUCUUCAAGAAGUGUGUCAACAUGAGCACUUUAUUCCUUUGUGUCUCCCCAUAAGAUCAGCAAACAUUCCAGAUCCUGUGACACCUUCAGAAUUUACUCAAGAGUUACAUGCAUCAGAUAUGCCUGAAUAUUCGGUCACAAAUGAGUUUUGCCGCAAGCAUUUCUUGAUUGGAAUUCUGCUCAGAGAGGUUGGCUUUGCUCUGCAGGAAGACCAAGACAUAAGGCACUUAGCUUUGGCCGUCCUGAAAAACCUAAUGGCCAAGCAUUCAUUUGAUGAUCGAUACAGAGAACCAAGAAAGCAGGCCCAGAUAGCAGGUCUGUACAUGCCCCUGUACGGCAUGCUGCUGGACAACAUGCCAAGAAUCUACCUGAAGGAUCUGUAUCCCUUUACUGUCAAUACAUCCAAUCAGGGUUCCCGAGAUGACCUGAGCACUAACGGAGGAUUCCCAACUCAGACAACCAUGAAACAUGCCAACUCGGUGGAUACGUCAUUUUCUAAGGAUGUUUUAAAUUCCAUAGCAGCAUUUUCAUCAAUAGCUAUUUCUACAGUAAACCAUGCUGAUUCCAGAGCAUCGCUGGCAAGUCUCGAGUCCAAUCCGAGCACCACGGAGAAGAGCAGUGAGAAGACGGACAACUGCGAAAAGAUCCCAAGACCGCUGUCUUUGAUUGGCUCCACUCUUCGCUUUGACAAGUUAGAUCAAGCAGAAACGAGAAGCCUUCUCACGUGCUUUCUUCACAUCAUGAAAACGAUUGCAGAUGAGACCCUUAUUGCCUAUUGGCAGCGAGCACCCAGUCCUGAGGUCUCCGACUUCUUCAGCAUCUUGGAUGUCUGUCUUCAAAAUUUCAGAUACCUCGGAAAACGCAAUAUAAUAAGAAAAAUUGCUGCUGCGUUUAAGUUUGUGCAGUCCACUCAGAACAACGGAACUCUCAAAGCAUCCAAUACUUCCUGCCAGACAUCAGCUCUCUUGCCGCAAUGGAUGCACAACACUUCUAGCCAUGAAGGACACAAACAGCACAGAUCACAAACUUUACCUAUAAUUAGAGGCAAAAAUGCACUUUCUAACCCAAAACUCUUACAGAUGUUAGACAAUACGAUGACCAGCAAUGCCAAUGAAAUCGACGUUGUGCACCACGUAGACACUGAAGCCAAUAUAGCCACAGAGGUGUGCCUCACCAUUCUAGACCUGCUGUCACUCUUCACUCAGAUGCACCAGAGACAACUCCAACAAUCUGACUGUCAGAAUUCACUGAUGAAAAGGGUCUUUGAUACCUACAUGCUCUUCUUCCAAGUCAACCAGUCGGCCACAGCACUGAAGCACGUAUUUGCCUCUUUGAGACUCUUUGUGUCCAAGUUUCCAUCAGCGUUCUUCCAAGGCCCCGCUGACCUGUGUGGGUCAUUCUGCUAUGAAGUUCUGAAAUGCUGUAACCACAGGUCGCGGUCAACUCAGACAGAAGCCUCAGCACUUCUGUACUUUUUCAUGAGGAAGAAUUUUGAAUUUAAUAAACAGAAGUCGAUUGUCCGGUCCCACUUACAACUCAUCAAGGCUGUGAGCCAAUUAAUAGCUGACGCUGGGAUUGGAGGCUCUCGAUUUCAACAUUCCCUUGCAAUUACCAACAAUUUUGCUAAUGGAGACAAGCAAAUGAAAAACAGCACUUUCCCAGCAGAGGUGAAAGACCUGACUAAGCGUAUAAGGACAGUUUUGAUGGCCACAGCGCAGAUGAAGGAGCAUGAAAAGGACCCCGAGAUGCUGGUGGAUCUCCAGUACAGCCUGGCAAACUCCUAUGCCAGCACGCCUGAACUGCGGAGGACCUGGCUCGAAAGCAUGGCCAAGAUCCAUGCCAGGAACGGGGACUUAUCCGAGGCCGCCAUGUGCUAUGUCCAUAUCGCUGCCCUCAUUGCAGAAUACCUGAAAAGAAAGGGUUACUGGAAAAUGGAAAAGAUUUGCACAUCACCCAUGCUCCCAGAGGAACCCCACCCCUGUGAUAGCAAUGCCUUACUAACAACUCCAGGUGGAGGAAGCAUGUUCUCUAUGGGAUGGCCGGCUUUUCUGAACAUUACGCCCAAUAUUAAAGAAGAAGGAGCAAUGAAAGAGGAUUCGGGAAUGCAAGAUACACCAUACAAUGAGCAUAUCCUGGUGGAGCAGUUGUACAUGUGUGUGGAGUUCCUUUGGAAGUCUGAGCGGUAUGAACUCAUCGCUGAUGUCAACAAGCCCAUCAUUGCUGUCUUUGAGAAGCAGCGGGACUUCAAAAAACUGUCGGAUCUCUACUAUGACAUUCACCGGUCCUAUCUGAAAGUGGCGGAAGUCGUCAAUUCCGAGAAGCGGCUCUUUGGUCGCUACUACCGAGUGGCAUUUUAUGGGCAGGGAUUCUUUGAGGAGGAAGAAGGUAAAGAGUAUAUUUACAAAGAACCAAAGCUGACGGGUCUGUCUGAGAUUUCCCAGAGACUGCUCAAACUCUAUGCAGAUAAAUUCGGAGCGGACAAUGUGAAGAUCAUCCAGGACUCCAACAAGGUCAACCCUAAGGAUCUGGACCCAAAAUAUGCCUACAUCCAAGUGACCUAUGUCACGCCGUUCUUUGAGGAAAAGGAAAUAGAGGACCGGAGGACAGAUUUCGAAAUGCACCAUAACAUCAACCGAUUUGUCUUCGAGACGCCCUUCACGCUGUCGGGCAAGAAGCACGGCGGAGUGGCGGAACAGUGCAAGCGCAGGACUGUCCUGACAACGAGCCACUUGUUCCCUUAUGUGAAGAAGAGAAUACAGGUCAUUAGCCAGUCAAGCACAGAACUGAAUCCUAUCGAAGUGGCCAUUGAUGAGAUGUCCAAGAAGGUUUCUGAGCUCACCCAGCUCUGCACAAUGGAAGAGGUGGACAUGAUCCGACUGCAGCUCAAACUCCAAGGAAGCGUCAGCGUGAAAGUCAAUGCUGGACCAAUGGCCUAUGCCCGAGCUUUUCUUGAAGAAACCAAUGCAAAGAAAUACCCUGACAACCAAGUAAAGCUUUUAAAGGAAAUCUUCAGGCAGUUUGCAGAUGUGUGUGGGCAGGCCCUUGAUGUGAAUGAGCGCCUCAUCAAGGAGGACCAGCUGGAGUACCAGGAAGAGCUGAGGUCGCAUUACAAGGACAUGCUCAGCGAACUGUCCUCGGUCAUGAACGAGCAGCUCUGUCACGGUCCGUGUUUAUACAGCUUCUGUUCCUCUGUGUCUAGUAUUUCCCUCAGUACUGUGAGCAAAAGUGAUUGUGGGCAGGGACGACCCACCAAGGCGCGGAGUGGAGCGAACUUGCACUCGAGUAACUAGCAAGACAACCCCAGCGCCACCCACUGUCUCUGUGUCCAGUGCCGAAGUCUGAGGGAAGGACUGUGCGUCAGACACACCUCUCAGAGAGCCUUCGGCAUCUGCAGCUGAUCUCGGGGAAGAGAAAGAUAGAUCUAAUUUAUUUGUGGUUUUUAUGGUGUUGAUGUUUACCUCGCUAGCUUGAGAAUUUCCCCAGCCUCUGAAUUUGCACAUUUCAUAGGAUUAUUUUUCUUUGAGCAGUGUUGAUCAAGCCAAGCUAAGUGUUUGCCAUGAAAUUCCAAUGAAUGUGGAGCUCAAAGCAAAUCCUGUGUUUGCUCAGUUAAACGCUCAAUGCCCAGUCCCGGUACACAUGUUUUAAAGGUCAAAGUGAAUGUUUUUGUAACAUUGAAGCAUAUUUCACAUGUAAAUAGAAGAUUGUAAAAUAUAUGGUUUUUACCAAAUUUAAAAGAACCUUUUUAGUUAAUACUCAUGACAAUGCUAAAAUUGUAUGAAUAACAUUUCAAAUACCGUUCUAUUAAAAUAUUUGUGUAUGUGUACAAAAGUGUUGAUAAAUACUAAUCUUUAAAGUUUGUGGAGUUCCUUUAUUUGUAAUAUAUGUGCUCUUAAAGGCAAUUGGGACGUGAAAUUAUAGAAGUAUUUUGUUGUUGUUAAUAAAAAUAAAACAUUUGGUUAAUUUGCA